AUGGCUUUAGAAGAGCAAAACGAAGUAGCAAGCCAUCUCGAAGACGCAACCGAUCUACAGGAAGGCACAUUUCCCAACGACGACAAGACGCAGAAAUACGGCAACCUCUUGUUCUUAUUACAAUCUGAGCCUCGGCAUAUCGCCCACCUCUGUAGGCUCGUGUCCAUGUCCGAGAUCGACUCUCUCUUGCAGACGGUCAUGUUCACAAUUUACGGAAAUCAGUAUGAAAGCCGUGAAGAGCAUCUGCUUUUGACCAUGUUUCAGUCUGUCUUGACAUAUCAGUUCGACACGACACCAGAGUACUCCUCCCUUCUCCGAGCGAACACGCCAGUCUCUCGCAUGAUGACUACCUACACUAGGCGUGGUCCCGGGCAGAGUUUCCUGCGAACGGUACUGGCGAAUAGAAUCAAUAGCCUCAUCGAGUUGACGGACCUAGACCUAGAAAUUAACCCCCUCAAGGUUUACGAACGCAUGUGUCAACAGAUUGAAGAGGAUACCGGCAGUCUUCCAGCAUCGCUCCCCAGAGGGAUUACUGGCGAGCAAGCCGCCGAGAAUCCCCAGGUCCAGGCCAUCAUUGAGCCGCGUUUAACAAUGCUCACAGAAAUUGCCAAUGGCUUCCUAAAUACGAUUAUCGAAGGGCUUGAGGAGGCUCCUUACGGAAUUCGAUGGAUUUGCAAGCAGAUUCGGAGUCUGACGAAGCGAAAAUACCCCGAUGCGAAUGACCAGGUUAUCUGUACCUUGAUCGGCGGCUUUUUCUUCCUGCGUUUUAUCAAUCCGGCUAUUGUCACCCCGAAAUCGUACAUGCUCAUCGACGGAGCACCCUCGGAACGACCACGACGUACGCUAACGUUAGUAGCUAAGAUGUUGCAGAAUCUUGCCAAUAAACCAUCGUAUGCAAAAGAACCAUACAUGGCGAAGUUGCAACCGUUCAUCCAGCAGAACAAAGACCGCGUCAACAAGUUCAUGCUAGAUCUCUGCGAGGUUCAAGAUUUCUACGAAAGUUUGGAGAUGGAUAACUACGUUGCUCUUUCGAAGAAGGACCUCGAACUAUCCAUCACUCUCAACGAGAUAUACGCCAUGCAUGCCUUGAUCGAGAAGCAUACCGGAGAGCUUUGCAAGGACGAAAACUCGCACUUGUCGCAGAUCAUCACAGAGCUUGGCCAUGCACCACCACAAGUGCCUCGAAAGGAGAACAGAGCUAUUAAUCUGCCCCUAUUUAGCCGAUGGGAGACGGCCAUAGAUGACUUGACAGCAGCGCUCGACAUCACGCAGGAGGAAGUGUACUUCAUGGAGGCUAAGUCAAUUUUUGUACAAGUCAUGCGCUCUAUUCCUGCGAAUAACUCUAUUUCUCGCCGACCCCUACGCUUAGAGAGAAUUGCCGAUGCGGCGGCUACAUCACGAAACGAUGCGGUAAUGGUUCGGAAAGGUAUCCGGGCUAUGGAAUUACUCAGUCAACUCCAGGAGAUGAAGGUUAUCGAUAAGUCGGACCAAUUCAGCCUGCUGAGGGACGAGGUCGAGCAAGAGCUACAGCACCUAGGCUCGUUGAAGGAUGGUGUUAUCGCCGAAACCGCAAAGCUUGAAGAGGUGUACAAGACGAUCAGGGACCACAACGCUUACUUGGUUGGGCAACUAGAAACGUACAAGAGUUAUCUCCACAACGUGCGAAGUCAGUCUGAAGGUACGCGACGAAAGCAGCAGAAGCAACAAGUUCUUGGGCCGUACAAAUUUACUCAUCAGCAAUUGGAGAAGGAGGGUGUGAUACAGAAGAGCAAUGUUCCUGACAAUAGGAGAGCGAACAUCUACUUCAAUUUCACCAGCCCCUUGCCAGGAACUUUUGUUAUUUCGCUACAUUACAAGGGGCGGAACCGUGGCCUUCUAGAACUCGACCUCAAGCUUGAUGACCUGCUGGAGAUGCAGAAGGACAACCAGGACGAUCUGGAUCUCGAAUACGUACAAUUCAACGUCACUAAGGUCCUAGCCUUAUUGAACAAGCGCUUUGCCAGGAAAAAGGGCUGGUGA